AUGGAUUUCAAGAAGCCCGAGCGUGAUCUGAAGACCCGGUUGAUGGGUAAGGGGACACGUGGGAUGGCGGAUAGUGAUGCGAAGGAUCUGACGCUGUUUGUCGACUUCCUUGACCGAUGUCUGACUCUGAAUCCUGAGAAGCGGUGCACCCCUGCUGAGGCGUUGAAACAUCCUUUCUUGACGCGGACUUAG